AUGGGUUACACUUUGGCUAUUUUAGGCUGUGGUGUUAUGGGCCAGGCUCUUUUGUCUGCCAUCUACAACGCGCCAGCGGCUUCUCCAGAGACCAAAGAGUUUUAUCCGUCAAAGAUCAUCACCUGCAACAGUAGCAAGGGUUCUGCUGGUAACGUAGAAGAGUUGAUUAAGAGUUUUGGCAAAAGUGCAAACGAUAUUGAAGUGGAAACCACUUUCGAUGACAACAAGAGGGCCGUUAAUGAGGCUCAAGUGGUUUUGCUGGGCACUAAACCGUACCUGGCACAAGAGGUGCUAAACAGCGUGAACGUGAGCGAAAAGUUGCUGCUCUCGCUCGUGGCCGGUUGGACCAUUGAGCAGUUGGGUGAAUACUCCCAAUAUGUGACUAGAAUUAUGACAAACACCCCGGCGAAAUUCGGCUACGGUAUGGCCGUGCUGUCCCAUUCCGCGAGAGUCUCAAACCACAACAAAUCGUUGGUUAAAGAACUAGUUGGCAACAUCGGUGACUGCAUUGAGCUACCCGAAAAGAACAUGGAUGCAGCAACUGCGCUAGUCGGCUCCGGCCCCGCUUUCGUGCUACUGAUGAUGGAAUCCCUUAUGGAAAGCGGCAUCAAAAUGGGCAUUCCUUUGAAAGAAAGCAAGCAGUGUGCGAUCAAGGUCCUGGAGGGCACUGCGAAGAUGGUUGAGAAAACUGGUGAACAUCCCAGCGUGUUGAAGCAUCAAGUUUGUACCCCUGGAGGCACCACCAUUGCAGGUUUAUGUGUCAUGGAGGAGAAAGGCGUGAGGAGUGGAAUCGUCAAGGGCGUGGAAGAAGCAGCUGCGGUUGCCUCGCGCCUCGGAAAGAAAUAG